GAGCAAGCUCGCCCGCCAUUUUAUGCGUGCCGGGAGCGCUCGCGCGCCCCUCAUAGACGUUACCGUUUACAGAAAUUUGUUUUUUUUUUAAAAAAAAAAUUUUUUUCGGGGGGUGGGGCUUCAUUCGGUAUUUCUUUUUUUUUUUUUGAGAGCCAAAAUUUUGCGCGAGAAGCCUGUCUUCCCUUAUGGCGGCGGAGAAUCAGGCCGGGCUCGCCGCAGAAGCGACGGUUUCCCUCAGCGGUGGCGACUCGGAAAGCUUCGGAGGCGGGAUGACCCGGAGGCGCCUGAGCGACCUGAGGGUGAUCGAUCUGAGGGCCGAGCUGAAGCAGCGCAACCUGGACACGGGAGGCAACAAGAGCGUCCUUCUCGAGCGGCUCCGAAAGGCUAUUGAGGAAGAAGGAGGACACCCUGAUGAGAUUCCAGUGGUGUCUGAAAUAAUCCCCAAGAAAGUGCCAAAAAGAAGCAGUAAAGGGCGGAGGCUUGAGGAAGAAGAAGUAGAGGACAACGGCCUUGAAGACGAAUCCGGAGAUGGACAGGAGGAUAUUGAUGCAAGUUUGGAUAACUUGCAGGAUAUUGACAUGAUGGAUAUUAGUGUGUUAGAUGAAGCAGUCAUAGAUAACAGCAGUGGUGUAGACUGCCGAGAGGAUAGCAGUGCUGAUAGUAGACUUGACUCCCUCUUUGACAGUAAGGAGAGUGCUGAUGCAGAAAGGCGAGGACUUCCAGAGCAGCUGACAGGAGGUGCUCUGGCUAACAUGGAGGCAGCCCUAUCCUUAACAGACAUGCCAGAAGAAUCCAGAGAAAUACCAGUAGCCAUGGAAGAGACUGAAGAGGCUAGUAACACCAUAGAUCUAUCAUCUGCUGAUUUUGCAAGCCUGAAGGAGCUUGACGAGUUUCCUUUGGAAUCAGAAAAUGAGAAAGUGCUCGACAUUUUGGGUGACACUUGUAAAUCUGAGCCCCUUAAAGAAGACACUUCCGAAGCUGAGCAGGCGCAGGAAACGAAUAAUUCAUGGCCGGGCAAACAGGAAGCCGUGGAGGAGGAGGAGGAGGAGGAGGAGGAGGAAGAAGAAGAAGAAGGAGGAGGAGAAGAAGAAGACAUGUUGGCCGCCGCCUCUCCCACCCACUCGGACGAAGACCUUGUAGAUACAGACAGCCAAUCAGGCCCAGCUGAGGCCAAGAACCAGCAGGAUGAUGCAAAGCUCUUAGUGGUAGCCAAAAGGGAGCCGAGCGAGCAGACAGUUGAGGAAGCCAAACCGGACUCGGACUCUUUAGCGGUAGAGAGCAGGAGUGGAGGUGGAGGUGGAGGUGGUGAGAGUAGCAAAGAAGCCCAAACUCUGGAAGCCAGUAGUGAGGAAACCGCGGAAUCGGACACAGGUCCUCAAGUGGUUAGUCCAGAGGCCGAGAAGAUGGAAGUGAAGGCUAAUGUUGAGGAGGAGCCCUCUUCCACUAGAGAGUCCUCUGCCCCAGAGGGUGGUGAUCAGAACACGAGCUCAAAUGAGGAUGCAGAGGCUAAAAGUGCUUCCAAAGAUGAGAAGGGUCGCUCCACUCCUAGCUCUGGCAGAAAUCUGUGGGUCAGUGGUCUUUCCUCUUCGACCAGAGCGACUGAUCUGAAGAACCUGUUUAGCAAAUAUGGCAAGGUGGUAGGUGCAAAAGUAGUCACAAACGCCCGCAGCCCCGGGGCCCGUUGUUAUGGCUUCGUCACCAUGGCUUCGUCUGAGGAAGCCACCAAGUGCAUCAGCCACCUCCACAGGACAGAGCUGCACGGGAAGAUGAUUUCUGUGGAAAGAGCCAAAAAUGAACCUGCUGGGAAAAAACUGUUACCCGAGAAGAAAGAAAGUGAAAGCAAGAAGGAAAAAGACAGGCGGCAUUCUUCCGACUCCAAAUCAGAAAAGUCUCUCAACCUUAAGGAAGAAAAAACUGACAAGAAUGAAGACCCUCAAAGAGUGGAAGAGAGCGGAGAUGAAAAGAAAGAUAAAGGAACAGAAGAGCAGAAAAAUGGGUCAUCUGGACGUUCGCGAUCUGUUAAAUCAGGAAGCCGAGGAACCGAGCGGACAGUUGUUAUGGAUAAAUCCAAAGGGGAGCCGGUGAUUAGCGUGAAAACCGCAUCCACCUCCAAAGAGAGAAGCACCAAAAGCCAGGACCGCAAGUCGGAGAGCAAAGAGAAGCAAGACAUCCUGUCAUUUGAUAAAAUCAAGGAGCAGCGCGAGCGAGAACGCCAGAGGCAACGCGAGCGAGAGAUCCGAGAGACAGAACGGAGGAGGGAACGGGAGCGGAAGGAGCGGGACCAGCACUCACAGGAGACCACCGAGUGGGACGAAAGGCAGCGGCUGCAAAGGGAGCGGGACCGGCUGCACUUCCAGAGGCAACGGCUGGAGCGGGAGCGGAUGGAGCGGGAACGGCUGGAGCGGGAGCGGAUGCGCAUCGAGCACGAGCGGCGGAGGGAGCAGGAGCGCAUCCACUGGGAGCGGGAGGAGUUACGGCGGCAGCACGAGCAGCUGCGCUAUGAGCAGGACCGCCGAUCGUCCUUGCGGAGACCUUACAACGACGAACGGUGAGAGAGAGAGAGAGUC